UAAAAGUUAAUCUUUAUGGGUAACUAUGGAUAUAAUCCAGCUGCUUCCGGUCCCUUCGAGCCAGCGGAAACAAGCCCCUGCCCCUCACUCACUUCUCAUGUUUGUUCGAUUUGUCCUUCCCGGGAAACAUAGUUGUAGACUCGAGUCUUCCGCGGCGACGAACAAGCUAUCUUACAUCCAAUGAUCCAAAGAUCAUCUUCAAUGUCAUCCUUACAUUUUGAUGCAGAUCAUUUGACAAGUGAUCCGUACCAAAAUGAAAGAAUAGCUUUGAAAAGGUGGAACGUCAACUAUGACGCCAUUACUAGGAGCUGGUCCGAGCAGAAACCUAGGUAAAAUGCAUUUUGUAUAAUGUCUAUUUAGUUUUCUCAAUAUUUAUUUUCUAAAUUAAUUCUGUGCGAAUACUACUUUUUACAAGUCUGGUUGUAUGAUGUCGUACAGUGCCCCAAUUUCAACUCAUUUUUUUGGUAUGAAUGAAAUGAAAUCUAUACAACAUAAAAAUUGAGCUUCAGAGCAAUGGUCUGGUACCAUUCAAAAGCUCUCCCCUUAAUUACCCACGAUUUAGGAGAGUUGAACUGUGGAACUAAUAAAAAACUGGAUGUUGGGGAAGUCUACCCCUUCGGCCCCUGUUAAUGAAGCUUGAGUUUGAAAUAAAAGAUGGAACAUGCUAAAUCAAAGGCUAGGAUAGUUUUAAAUGGUGAUGUAGGCAUGCAAAGAAGAAUUCACCGACAAGGAAGCGUAGGAGCAAUAUUAAACGGAGUAUAAUAUACUCCCUAUAAUUUAUAGAAAAAACUUAGUACCUAGAAAUUAAGGACAGUUGCAGUGGAGAGUUUGCAGGGAUACAUCUGGUCGAGAAAACUUAUUAAUCGUUUAUUCUCUUGUAUAUGAGCCAAUAUAAUCAAACUAGGCUUGUAUGCUUUAGAGUAUGGCUCAAAUUAGCUUAUGCAAAGACAUACAUUAUCCAUAAUAGAAGAAUCUAAUUUUGUGUGUCUAUUACAUAUAUACACACUCAGACAAGACAUACCCAUAUAUAUGUAUAUAUGCAUAUAAAAGUUUCAUACGUAGUAUAUAUUGCUCUGUAUUGUUAUAUGUGUCUAAGUCUUUCAUAUAAGGAGUAAUUAAUAGAGAUAAUCUUCCCAUUACCAAGGUUUCUGCAAAAACUGAGCACUAUAAAUGCAUGCUUUCCGUUAUUGUCCACUGGGUAAACUCUUUUUCCUCCAAAAGAUAUUAAGUUAAGAAGGAAUCAAACCCAAGAAAACAGAACUUUGGCAAAAGAGGAAAAAGAGAAAAAAGCAGAGAUUUGUUCAUAGGACUCGGUACAAUGUAGUAUCUCUGCCCAUAUCCUGGUAAUUAUGUGCUGUACUUUCAGGUCUGAAAUCUUUUUUUCCUGUGCUGUGUUUGUUUCUCUAAAACGAAAAACAAGAAGAGGAAACAAGAAAAUUCUCUUAUUUGUUGGACUUGAGUGUAUGCAAGACUAAAUUGUUCUUGAGACCAUAGACUCUGUAUAAGCUCUCUCUUUCAAAAUGGAACUCAAGGUGCCCAGAUUCUUCAAGGUGUUACUUCCUGGAUUUCAUGCCAGACUGGUAUUCUCUCUCUCUCUGUUACUCUUCUUCUUCAACCCUCUUCUUAUUGAAAUAUUCCUACUGUGAGAGCCUAUUUUUGUGGAAAAUAUAUAAAUGGUGCAGAGGCUUCCACCGAUAAUAUCAAGGAAGCUGGUUGAAAAGGAAGCAAAACAAGUUAAGUUGAUAACAAAAGAAGGAAUCUCUGUGGUCACAAUCCAGAAAUUACAAGAUGGGAGGCUGUGGUUCACCAACGGGUGGCAUGCUUUUGUCCUAAAAAAUGGCCUUGUAGCUGGAGAAUUUAUCACUUUUAAACACACGGGCAGCUCUAUUUUCCAAGUCAAGGUGCCAAGAUUCUUCAAGGUGUUGUUUCCUGGAUGUGAUGUCUGUCUGGUAUUCUCUCUAUUUUCUCUCUUCUUCAUCCUUUUUUUAUCAAAGUAUUCCUACAGUGAGAGCCUUUUUUGUGGAAAAUAUUUAAAUGUGCAGAGGCUUCCACCUAUAAUGCCAUUGAAGCUGGACGAAAAGGAGGCAAAAAAAGCUAUGCUAAUAACUAAAAAGGGAACCUCUGUGGUCACAAUCCAGAAAUCGCAAGAUGGGGAAUUGUGGUUCACCAACGGGUGGCAUGCUUUUGUCCUCAAACAUGGCCUUGUAGCCGGAGAUUUUAUCACUCUUAAACACAUGGGUAGCUCUAACUUUAAGGUCACAGUUUAUAGUGACACCUGCUGUGAGAAGGAUUUCAUUGAUGAACCUGAGACAGAAGAUACAGCUGAUACGGGGGCAAAUAAUGCCACACCAUCGGUGAAAUCUGAAGCUGAAGAAGUGCCUCCCCCUCCUCCUACCCAACAUCAUUUUCGUAUGAAUGAUAGCUCCGAUGCCAGAAAGGGACUCUACGGGAGAGAGGAAGAUGAUCAGAAAAUAGAUUCUGCCAAACUCAACCCAAUCAAUAAAGAACACUUUGAGCUAUCUGAUGUGAAGGUGGAAAGAGAUGAAGACAUUAUCACUUCUCAACUCAAUUCUCGUCCCGCUCCACUUCUACAGAUAUUGGUUGAGAUGGACAAUGAUAAUUUCCGUUCCCAAGAUGGAGAGAAAGGACCAUCUCCAAAUACUACUCGAGCUGGCAAUUCAGUUAAAAGCUGUUUUGCAAAGUUUAAAAGGGAGAGCAAUGUGAAAAAAGUAGUUGUUAAAAGGAAAUAUGUACGUAAGGUGAAAACUUUGUCUCCUACACAAAAUCUGCAAUUUUCAUCAAGAAUGAAGUCAUACCAUCUCCGUCAUCGAUCUCCUUAUAUGGUAAGCUUUUGAAUAUCAAAUCUGACCUGUCAAGAUAUAGAUUAAACCCUUCAAAUACUUCCCCUCCAAACAAACCUAAGGCCUUGUUUGGUUCAAAGGAGAGGAGGGAAGGGAGAGAGUCAAGAAAGGAAGCAAAGGGAAGAUGAAGGAAGGACGUUGAUAAAAAAUUGUGUUUGGUUGGAGGAAAUGGAGGGAAGUUUAAGGAAAUUAUUUUCCCAAUUUACCUUUAUUUAAUAGCUUAUUUAAAAAGCUAGAUACAUCUAACUAUUAUGAAUAUUACUCCUAAGGUCAUGAGUCAUUAUAUAACUAUUUUUUUAAUUUUUAUUUUUUUUAAUUUUUACUCCCUCCGGUUCCAAAAGAUCUUGACACUUUGACUUCACAGUUUUUAAGGAAAUAAAUUUGACUUUACUGUAGAGUACACUGUUUGGCACUGUUUGACACUGUUUAGCACUGUUUGGCACUGUUUUGUGUAGAUUUAUUUGCCAAAUAAGGCAAAUAAAGAAGUGUAAAGAUAAUUGUGGUACUGAUAAAAAUGAAAAGUGUAAAGAUCUUUCAGAACCGGAGGGAGUAUAGUUUUAAUUUUUUAAUUUUCUAAUAUUUUAAUUUUUGAUUUUUUAAUUUUUGAUUUUUUAGUUUUUUUUUAAUUUUUUAGUGUUUUAGUUUUUUUUUUCAAAUUUAAAAAUUUUCAAAUUUUAAUUUUUUUUUUAUCUAUUUUGUAUUUUAAUUUUUUUAAUUUUUUGUAUUACUACGAUUUGUCCAUUCACAUAGGAGAAAAAUGAUGGAUAGUUUGUCUUUACCAAAACGUUUCCUCCGAAAUACCCCGAUUUAAUUUUGGGGGUUGAGAAUGGUGGAGGAUUUUGAAAGCUUUCGACUUUCCUCCCCUUCCCCCCUAUUUCCUUCAACGGAACACACACAAAUCACUCACUUUCCUUCUCUCCCCUUCAAAACCCUCGAAUCAAAGAGGGGCUUAAGAAUUCAUUCAUUUGUCAAGAUAUAGAUAUAGAUUAAACCCUGGAUUUCAGCAUGUCCCUGCAGUGUUUUGUAUGACAAAUAAUUUAUAUCAAAACGCAAGAUUAACUCUGAGAGGCCCAAUAGUUGAGCAAGAAGUCAGCCUUAGGGUUUGCAAUGGAGGGAACACCAAAUAUGCAGUCAUGACUAUGGGUUGGCCGGAGUUCAUUGCAGGAAACAAACUCAGAGUGGGAGAUACCUGCAUCUUCAAACUGCAGUGUGCUGGAACUAGUUCAACUGGUGCUGCUGUGUUGGAUGUUGAGGUUGUCCCGGCAUAAUUUGAGGGUUAGAUGGUACUUUACCCGAAUGUAUUUACACUGACCGACUAAUCUGGUUAACUUAAUAUUGCCAGUGUUUUGGGAUACUGAUUUAGAAAAUUAUUUUUUUGUUAGAGUGGUAACUUUUUACGUACAAUGUGAUGUUCCAAUUUGAAGUUAAGUAUUUGGUAUCCAUGACAUGUAUGCAAUAACAUCUAAUUGAGAGAUUAUGAGAAGAAUAUAAGUGCUUGAGACUUAUAAA